UCGUUACAAGUCUCAACUUUCUGUCGAUACUUCGAUCGCGAAUCGCUGCAUAUCCAAUAUACCUGGGUCGCUGUUACAAAUUGAUAAGUUGAUCCUCGAACAAGUGCUCGUUUCUCUGUACAAGGGAAAAAGUUUUCUCCCACUUCCAGCAGCAAAUUUUGUUUGUGUCCCGUUCAUCAGAACGCGUACAUUUACGACACGGUGUCAGUGAUCUCUCCAGUUGUCGGAGAAAAUUAAUUCGAUCGAAUUGUAGUUCAGCAGUUGGCGAAUCACACAUCAGUUGUGUUACACGCAGAUUCUCAACGUGUUAUGAACUUUUGUAAAGAAAAUUUCGGACCAUCUUAUUCGAAAACGUGGUAUAUUCGUAACAUACGCCAAGUUGUUCCACGUGUUCUCAGUACUCGUAUCAAACAUCGUACCAUCCGAACAUUGGAUUCUUUGCCUGUCGAAUCGAAUCUCGAAGCUGUUUUGAAGAAGAACUCGCGAUCAGUGAUCUAUUCGCUGAUCGAAUCGAUAAACGAGAGAUAAGAAGUUGUCAGUGAAGUGCAUAACAUUACGUCCACGAUCUAGUGGUGUACAAACUCAGACACAUGGUUAAGAGUACACUCGUAUAGAUUAAUUAUUUUGGUAAUACUGGCAUCUUUAAAAGCGACCCAAGAGGAAGGAGAAUACCCAUCUCGAUGCUGUAGUGUGCUAAUGUUGUAUAAUAGCAUGCAGUUCGCAUAUCGUUACACGUGGAAUCAAGAAAUCGUUUUCAACUCUCAGAAACUUGUAAAAAGACGUUGAACCGCAUCCCCGUAGAUUGGACCUGCCAUUUUUAAACAAACCACCGAACUAUAUACUAAAAUCAGUUUUUCAAUUUGUUUUUUUCUAUUUUUUUUACUUAAUUAUAAGUCCUACGUAUAUUCUUCAUCCACGAGCUUUUAAAUAGGGGUUGACGCGAGAUCAGAAGCACAUGAUAAUGGCUACUAUAUGUUUCAACGAGCCUUUUUCUGAUUGGUUGGAGGAGAAAAUAGAAUUGCCCAUUUUUGAGGAACUUCCGAUUCCUGAAAAUGGACAAAUUAAAUCAAUAGCGUACAAUGAGAUUAUAAAAGCUCCCCAGCAGGAUGACACGCAAACUCUGUUACAAGAGUUUGAAACUGUGCUGGGAGAUGUGGAAGCUUGCCAUCAGAUAGUACCUACUUCGAGUUCUACUCUGACACCUCCUCAAUCACCGCCACCGCAUAAACCCUUAAAUGUGGAUACCCAAUUACUCGUUACUCUACAACCCGUGCAACCUUUGUAUUCCAAUCACCAACCGGUGUAUGAUAUAGUAAUACCAGAAGAGAAAUCAUACGUAAGUGAAGUACCUGUACAAUGGAAUGCAAAGAAUGUAGCAGUGGAUCCAUUGAACACGGAUAUCGCGCACGACUUAGAUGUGGUGGACGAAUACGUACGUCUGUACGCGAAAGAUGUUCCACCGUCUAGUCCAUGUACCAGCUCUGGCGGUAGCUACACAUCAUCGGAAGAUUCCGUGGAUGACCCAGAUUGGAUCUUAGAAUCCGGUAAGAAGACGUCGAAACAGUACGGCGCAUGUGUUUCGAGCAGGAAUCGUCAGAAACCUUACUCCCGCCCGACGGUCGAAGACAAAAAGGUGCGGAAAAAGGAGCAAAAUAAAAAUGCGGCGACGCGAUACCGGCAGAAGAAAAAGCAGGAGAUAAAGGAUAUACUGGGCGAGGAGCGAGAACUUACCGAUUACAAUGAAAAGUUAAACAAUCAAGUAACAGAUUUACAGCGAGAAAUUGGGUACUUAAAAGGCCUGAUGAGAGAUUUGUUUAAAGCUAAAGGCCUUAUCAAAUAAUCCAUUUAUCUAUCCAUCACGCAAUUAUAUUUACUCAGUUUUAUUAAAUUUACUACACUUUUGACACUACCUAUUUUACAAUACUACUAAUAUAUUCUAGUAUGUAGACUUAGACAUUUUUUUAGUCCCAUUAACUAGCCACACAUAUGAAUGUGAACAUAAAUCUAUGUAAUCUAUCGCAGCUUUUUAGUAGGUCUACAGAAUUGUCAUCAUGUAAUCCAUUUGUAAGCACCGUCUCCAAUUAUAUAUUUGUAAUUGUGGUCCGUUAAAGAUCAACGAACAGGAUGCAUUAAAAAAUGACAGAAUUAGUAAAGUACAUAGCCCUGUGAAACUUGUAUGAGUGGAAACUUGCUGUUAUUUAGAAUUCUGUACGUUGUUUAAUGCAUCUUAUAUUGAUGCGAAUCUGUUCAUUCCAAGCAAUUUUAACCCAAUUAAGUUUUACGUUUUCUUAUGAAAUAUAUUGUACCAUAAAAUAAUAAAUGGGUUAUCUAAUAAACAUUUGAAAUUA